AUGGAAAGAGUCAACAGCACACUGCUGACCGAGUUCAUCCUGACAGGCAUUCCCCACCCACUCCGGCUAAGGACAUUCCUUUUCAUGUUCUUUUUGUUCGUCUACAUCCUGACACAGCUGGGGAACCUGCUGAUUCUGAUCACUGUCUGGGUUGACCCCCAGCUCCACGCCCGCCCCAUGUACAUCUUUCUUGGUGUCCUCUCCAUCAUUGACAUGGGCAUCUCCUCCAUCAUUGUUCCUCGCCUCAUCAUGAACUUCACCGUAGGCAUAAAACCCAUCCCAUUUGGUGGCUGUGCUGCUCAGCUGUAUUUUUAUCACUUCCUGGGCAGCACGCAGUGCUUCCUGUACACCCUGAUGGCCUAUGACAGGUACCUGGCCAUCUGCCAGCCCCUGCGCUACCCUGUUCUCAUGAAUGCUAAGCUGAGUACCAUGCUUGUAGCUGGAGCUUGGUUGGCAGGAUCCAUCCAUGGGACCAUCCAGGUCAUUCUAACCUUCCGCCUGCCCUACUGUGGACCCAACCAGGUAAAUUACUUCUUCUGUGAUAUCCCUGCAGUUCUAAGACUGGCCUGUGCCGACACAGCGGUCAACGAGAUGGUGACCUUUGUAGACAUUGGGGUGGUGGUUGCCAGUUGCUUCUCCCUGAUCCUGCUCUCCUACGUACAGAUCAUUCGGGCCAUUCUGAGAAUCCAAACAGCUGAUGGGCGGCGCCGAGCCUUCUCAACCUGUGGUGCCCACGUAACUGUAGUCACAGUGUACUACGUGCCCUGCGCCUUCAUCUACUUGAGGCCUGAAACCAACAGCCCCCUGGAUGGGGCAGCUGCCCUGUUUCCCACAGCCAUCACCCCUUUCCUCAACCCCCUUAUCUACACUCUGCGGAACCAAGACGUGAAACUGGCCCUGAAGAGACUGAUAAGAGGCCCCUGA